UAUGUAUGUAUGUAUUUCGACUGAAGACUGGAAGGAUUAUUAACUCUCACACCCUUAUAACUACAUGAUCACAUGCACAGAAGCAAUACCACACUAGGCUGAGAGAAAAAUAGAGAUCAUGAACUCUUACCAUUCUUACUUCGUUGAGCUUCUAGUGCUUCAAUGCUUAGCACUUGCGUCUGCAUCACUUGGAUAUAAUUUCCACUACUUUGUACAGCAGUGGCCGGGAUCUCAACCAUAUGUCACAAGGAAAAGUUGUUACCCAACAACAGGAAAACCCGCAACAAAUUUCAGCAUCACUGGGUUUCGGCCAUAUUACAAAGAUGGCUCAUCCGAGACCUUCUGCAAUGUUUCUAACAACCCUUUUGAUCUAUCUAAGAUCUCGGACCUGACCUCUAAAAUGCAAGCAAAUUGGCCAUCACUAGCGCGCCCAUGCAGCGACAGUACUACAGGCCUAUGGUCACAUGAAUGGGAUAAAUAUGGAACCUGCUCAGAGUCUAGGUAUCUCCCAGGUGAACAUGCGUACUUUAAAGCAGCUCUUGAUCUCAAAGAUCGAGUAAACAUCCUCCAAAUCCUCGAAGAGUCUGGAAUUCAACCAAAUGGGGGAUUUUACAACUUAAGUAGCAUACAUAGUGCUAUACACAAAGCUAUUGGGUACGAUCCAUGGAUAAAAUGCAAUACUGAUGCAUCGGGGAAUGGCCAACUUUACCAGAUUUAUCUUUGUGUCGGUCGUUAUGAACUGACCUUCACGGAAUGUCCGGUGCUACCCAGAACUACCGAGGAUUGUGCCUCUGCCAUUAAGUUCCCAGCUUUCUAGCACGUCGCAAUUAAUUGAGGGAUCGAGGGCGCUCUGUCGAUGCAAUUUGGCUCCCAAAAUGAAGAAAAAUUCAAGCAAUCGAUUUUAUUAUAUAUUAAACUAAGAAUUCAUGUUAGAUAGUAACGUACUUAUAUAUUCUUGUUUGCAGUUGUAAUUAAUGUGCGUUUUAUAUAUAACUUGGCAAAUCAAAGGUAGAUCUAGCUAGCGUUAUUUUCAAUAUACUGUAUUGUUAACGCAAAUGAUAUAGACUUUGUAUAUUUUUUCCUCGAAUAUUAAUAUAUCGUAUCAUUUCAUUA